AUGGUGCCCUCCCAGGAGGAGCCCGCCGCCGCGCGGGGGACAAGCGAGGCGCAGCAGCUGGGCUCCGCGCCUCCGGGGGCCGCUCCGCUGCCCGGCGCGGGACCCUUAGACAGCCCGGAGGCGGCGGCGGCCGAGAAGGUGGAAGUAGAGCUGGGUGGGUCGGUGGGCGCCGAGCCCCUUGAACCCCCUGAGGGCGGCUGGGGUUGGUUGGUGAUGCUGGCAGCCAUGUGGUGCAACGGGUCGGUGUUCGGCAUCCAGAACUCCUGCGGGGUGCUCUUCGUGUCCAUGCUGAAGACCUUCGGGUCCAAGGACGAUGACAAGAUGGUCUUCAAGACAGCAUGGGUUAGUUCUCUCUCCAUGGGGAUGAUUUUCUUCUGCUGCCCGAUUGUCAGCGUCUUCACAGACAUAUUUGGUUGUUCGAAAACAGCUGUCGUGGGCGCUGCUGUUGGAUUUGCUGGACUCUUAUCAAGUUCCUUUGUAAGCUCCAUUGAGCCUCUGUACCUGACCUACGGAAUCAUAUUUGCCUGUGGUUGCUCCUUCGCCUACCAGCCUUCCUUGGUCAUUUUGGGACACUAUUUCAAGAAGCGCCUUGGACUGGUGAACGGCAUCGUCACUGCUGGCAGCAGCAUCUUCACAAUUUUGCUGCCUUUCCUUUUGCGGUUUAUGACCGACAGCGUGGGCCUCUUCCACACCCUCAGGGUCCUGUGUAUCUUCAUGUUUGUUCUCUUUCUGGCUGGCUUCACUUACCGACCUCUUGCUUCCAGUGCCAAAGAGAAAGAUGGUACAGCCAAAGGAGGCCACAGACUCUCCCUCUUUUCCAGGAGAAAGUUCAGUCCUCCAAAAAAAAUGUUCAAUUUUGCCAUCUUCAAGGUGACAGCAUAUGCAGUGUGGGCCAUUGGAAUACCUCUUGCACUUUUCGGCUACUUUGUACCUUAUGUUCACUUGAUGAAACAUGUGAAUGAAAGGUUUAAAGAUGAGAAAAAUAAAGAGGUGGUUCUCAUGUGCAUCGGCAUCACUUCAGGAGUCGGACGGCUGCUCUUCGGCCGGAUCGUGGAUUACAUGCCUGGUGUGAAGAAAAUUUAUCUCCAGGUCCUGUCCUUUCUCUUCAUUGGUCUGAUGUCCAUGAUGAUUCCCCUGUGCAGUGUCUUUGCGGCCCUCAUUGCUGUCUGCCUCAUCAUGGGUCUCUUCGAUGGAUGCUUCAUUUCCAUUAUGGCCCCCAUUGCCUUUGAGUUGGUUGGUGCCCAGGAUGUCUCCCAAGCAAUUGGAUUUCUGCUCGGAUUCAUGUCUAUACCCAUGACUGUGGGCCCACCCAUUGCAGGGUUACUCCAUGACAAGCUGGGCUCCUAUGAUGUGGCAUUCUACCUCGCUGGAAUCCCGCCCCUUAUUGGAGGUGCUGUCCUUUGUUUUAUCCCAUGGGUCCACAGUAAGAAGCAAAAGGAGGUCACUCAAGCCACUGGAGGAGAAAAGAUGGAGAAAAUGCUGGAGAACCAGAACUCGGUGUCAAGCUCGGCUGCAAUCUUUAAGAAGGAAUCUGACUCUGUUAUUUAA